UGCUGUUAAAUCUUCAUAUUGGGUCCCGGCCCAAGGAAAAAACCGGAAACCGCUUUCUCUGACUCUUUCCUCCCUCCGCCGUCCCGCCGCCCCUAUUGGUUGGCGCCUCCGCCGUCAAGCCUGCCUCGCUGACCGUCUCCACUCUCCAGUAUCGUCUUCGACUCUUCGAAUUCGGCUUCAGUUUUCUCUUCUGUUCAGUGUUCAUCCAUCGACCAUCGUUGCUGCGGCUACAUACAUUGUAAAUCCCUCGUUCUUCCAAUCACACCCUUACUUGAUAACACCAUUCCUUCAAGUCUAUACGUCCGUAACAAAAUCUCAGGGUUAGCAUACCAGUGAUUUGCAAGGUCUCCAAGAACAUUUGCCCAUCUCCGGUCCUGUUCUUCAUCUAUUGCAUGUAGCGAUUACAAGUGCGACGAUGAAGAAAAAUGGAUCAUUUAACAUUUAUCCAACUGAUAAAGAGAAGAAUCUAUUUUAUCUGCUGUGCCAAGUUAUUGCUCAUUUUAAUCUUGAAACCCAGCUUCGUGUUGCUGGUGGGUGGGUGAGGGACAAACUCUUAGGGCAAGAGUGCAAUGACAUCGAUAUCGCCAUUGAUAACAUGUUAGGGCGUGACUUUUGUAUGAAGGUGAACGAAUAUUUGGCUUCUACAGGAGAAGAAAGAAAAGAAUUCAUUGAGAUUCGAAGCAAUCCAGACAAAUCCAAGCAUCUGGAAACAGCAAGAAUGCGUAUCUUUGAUGUCUGGAUUGAUUUUGUCAACUUGCGAUGCGAAGAUUACACCCAAUUCCAAAACAGCAGAAUUCCAAGUAUGCAAUUUGGUUCUGCAGAAGAGGAUGCAUAUCGAAGGGAUCUUACCAUUAACAGCAUGUUUUAUAACAUCCAUACAUGUGAAGUUGAAGAUUUCACAGGAAGAGGGUUAGAUGAUUUGAAGUGUAGGAAAAUCAUGACACCAUUGGAACCAAAGAAGACAUUCUUGGAUGAUCCGUUGAGGGUUCUUAGAGCAAUCCGGUUUAGUACUAGGUUAGAGUUUGAAAGGGAAGAGGUAAAGGUUGCAGCUGGAGACAAUGAUGUGAAAUCAGCAAUUGUUGAUAAAGUCAGCAGAGAAAGAAUCAGGCAUGAGAUUGAUCUUAUGCUAAGUGGGAACCAACCAGCUAAAGCAUUGGGUUAUUUAUCAGACUUUGUUGUCUUCACACCACCUCCAAAUUGCAAGCCUUUAAUCUUAAAAGAAGACAAUAAAGAUAAAAUCUGUGUAGGAUAUAUGGAUCUGGCAUGGAGAUGCAUGUGUGAUUGUGAAGUGGGUGGAUGUGGUUUUACAGAUAAACAGAAGAGGGUGUAUUUGUAUGCGUCUUUGCUCCUUCCACUUUGGAUGACUGUCUACAUAGAUAACAAAAAGAAAACCGCACCCGUUGUGACCUAUAUAAUUAUCAACACUAGUGAUGGUGAUGAGGUUAUGAGGCUGUAUGAUGCAGUUGACAGGUUUUUGUGUUUGAUCCCUUUGAUAUUGUUUGGUGAAGAUAUGGAAAUUCCUUGGGAAACUGAUAUUAUUGAGGUUUCUGUGGCAUCGAAAACAAGAAUCUUGUUGGGUUUGCUUCUGAGGGAAAUCAAAGGUUUAUGGAGGGCUGCAUUGAUGCUGUCUACUUUUUUGUUUAAGAAUACUGCUGUUGAGGAGGGUGUAUUAGUAUUAGGUGGGGAUGAAGUGGAGAAAAGAAGGAAAGUGUUUGUAGAGGUUGAGCAAGAAAUCUUGAGAUUAGGUCUGGAAAAAGUGUGGGAAAUGAAAGCUUUGGUUAAUGGGAAGGAUAUAAUGAGGCAUUUGGGGGUUGAAACUGUUGGCAAAUGGCAGCGAAGAUUACUGCAACUUGCUAACCCUAACCCUUCUUGUGGAAGCGUAAAGGAAUGUUUAGAUUGGAUGACUGAGCAAAUGAAGUUGGAGUAAAUCAAUGCCAAUGGUGAUCGUUUUUGAUACCAAUUAAGCAUAUAAAUUUCAUUCUUUAUAUUUCCUUUCAAAAUCUCUAACUAAUGUUGCCAAUAUAUUAUAUCUUAGUAGCUUGUGAUGUUCAUGUCAUGGCUUUGAGAACCAUUAACACUUUUUAUGCAAAUUCCACCCACAACUCUUGAAUGAUG